AUGCCUGAAGCCACGGAUCAUGUCCCGGAUGUGAAACGGGUCUUCAAACCCCGUCGACUUCCCUCCCAAAAUAUCGUGGAUCGGUUUAUGUCCCGUGAACAUUAUGGGAUCCAUUUCCGACGCAAUGCGUUGGAUACAAACCGAGGGUUCUACACCAAUGUUUACCCGAACUACACCAUCUCAAAUGUGGAGAAACCCAAUUGCUUCUUGCGGAAAUUUACGCCCGAUGGCAAGCGAUUCAUUGCCUUCUCGCAGAAUCAGACCCAUCUCGAGAUCUACUUGUACAAAGGACCUUCGGCCAUGAACGAGGCUGUGUGUGAGUUGUGGGACUCAGAUUUCCUGCUGCCCAUGUUCUGUCAAGAUCCGGCUCAAGCACCCAAUAUUCGAAGAGUGGCCUUUGAGCGGUUCUUCACCCUGGAGCAUCUAGUGCUUUUAACGCCCUUGGGUCAAGAGCAGCUCAAUCGGGAAUGCUCCUUGUUCUCCGAUGAUGGCGAAUAUGUGAUAGUGGGUUCGGCUUGCUUUCUGUCCGAUGAGCAGCAUCCACCCAUGUGGCGAACUCAUCAGAAUAACGAAUCCGUGGCGCCCAAUCCUCGACACGCCUUGGAGGAUUAUACCCUCCAUAGUAUCGAAAUCUCGGAAGGUUUCCUGGUGGAUCGGGUCUCAUUCAAGGCCGAUAAGAUCUAUUUGUCGCACAAUCAGGGCCUCUAUUUGUAUAAGGACACGUUAACUGUGCUCUCCGUGCAACACCAGACGAUUCAUGUGUUCAAGUUCGUGAUGGGCAAGUUCGUUCCGGUCCGAAAGAUCGGUCGAUUGAUCUACGAAGACGACGACUACUUGCUCUCACACACGCUGACUUCGGAUCAACAAACGUCUCUGCCCGGAAAUUUCACCUAUCGUCCCUACCGGGAACAGACCAUCAAUCUGCUCAAGCAUCGAAUUCUAGCCCAUCUAUAUCGCAGAGCCGUGGCGUUAUCCCAUCUGGACAAAUCUCCGUACGAGUUGAGGAAGUUCUACAUGUACUUCGAUCAGAUCAAGGCUCUACGCAUGUGGAAGAUCCAACUCUUGGAUGAGGAUCACGUGCUCAUAAAGUACUCGAGCGAAGAGGUGGUGACUCUACGCAGCGGGGAGCCCAACUCACACGCAGCCUUCUUCGUGGUCUACAACAUGACCACCACCGAAGUGUUGUCCAUGUAUCAGAACAACUCUCCUGAACUGGUAGACAUUUGCGAGAACUUCACCGACUUCUUUCGGAACUCCAACCUGAAUCUGGUCCACGGCGAGUUCCGGUAUGCUCAACACACGUCUAGUCCGUCGAACAAUAUCUACGCCCAACUAGUCCACCAACGGUUCAAACAGACUAUUAUCUCGGCCAAGAACGGCGGGAUCAACGAGGCUCGGAAACGGGUUUUAGCGCAAUUGCCCAUAAGCGCUCAAUCCUAUUCCAGUUCGCCUUACCUCGACUUGUCUUUAUUCAGCUAUGACGAGAAAUGGAUCUCGCUCAUGGAACGCCCCAAGGCGUGCAGUGAACUACCCAUUCAUUUCUUCGGUCGUGAGAGUGGGAUCACCAAGUUCCGGAUUUAUCCAGGACCGCUGGAACGGCCGAAUACAAACAGCUCGGCCCGAAAAUUGGUGGCCUUUAUCUUCCAUCCCACCGAUCCAUUUGCCAUUUCGGUCCAAAAGACCAACUACGAAUAUGUGGUCAACUUUCAUGUGAGAAAAGCGCCUUUUUCGAGCAAGAAGUCGUCCACCCAGCGAUCAGGGUUGGAUCAAGUCAAUCUCCCGGAUUACUUUCGAAGUCGUCAACAAGCGGGUCAAGCCAAUUCCUCCGACCCUGCCUCACUUUGAAUGAUUAGUGACAAGAGAACUAAUCACCAUUCACCAAUAACGUACUCUAACUCAUUCCUUCAGACCAAGAGAGUAUUCCAUUCAGAAAGCAGACUUUUUUCGUCACUCCCCACGUGAUACGAGAGAACCCAGUGAACAAAUAAAAUCUACCCCACCUGCAUUGCAUGUGUUUAAGCACUUGCCGAGAGCCAUUGACGAUGAUAGUAGUAACUUCUGACUGAUCUGCCUAUCUAUUUCUCUCCUAGA